AUGGAGCACUUGGGACGUGAGGAGCAAGGAAGGACUCUGCAUGGGACUCAGCUCGACCGCGCAGCUCAUGAUGAAGAAAGGAGCCACCUUUAUGACCAGCUCAACCAACCCGCGCGACCCACCGGUCAAGCUAGGCCAAACUUGUCCAACUUUUCACUAGCUCGACCGGCCAAGACGCAACUCGAUCGAGCUACUUUCGAGAGUGUAUGCGAACUCGAUCGAGCUCAUAUACAGAAGACUUGGUCGAGUUUGAUAACAACAUUUGUAGAAGACAGAGAAAGAAAAGCCAGAGGCAACAAGCUGAACCAGAGGUGCUUGUUACAAAUUACAAUGGAUAAUCCAGAGGGUAAUGGAAUCCCUCCUGCCAAUGGAAAUGGUCGAGCUAUGCAGACUCGGCCGAUUGGACUUGGAGAUGCUCCCAACUGCCACCAGCAAAGGUAA